AUGGCAUAUGGUUCGGCUGAUGAUGCGGUUGACGAAUACCUCCGAAUUGCUGAAACCAUGGCGUACUCAUGCUUGGAGAAUUUUGUUGAAGCCAUCAUAAAUUGUUUCGGAGAUGAGUACUUACGAAGACUGACACCAGAAGAUCUUCAACGACUACUUGAUAUUGGAGAGCUACGCGGAUUUCUGGGGAUGCUAGGAAGCAUCGAUUGUAUGCAUUGGGAGUGGAAUAAUUGUCUAACCGCAUGGAAAUGUCAAUAUACAUGUGGUUCUAGCAAGCCAACAAUCAUUUUAGAGGAUGUAGCUUCGCAAGAUCUCUGGAUCUGGCAUGCUUUUUUCAAGCCUCCAGGAUCGGGUGGAGUGAUCGGAUCAAGAAGUCAAGGAUGA